GGGCGCCUGGCAGCCGGGUGCCCGGACUGACCAUGAGGCCCCUGCUGCUCCUGGCCCCGCUGGCCUGGCUGCUCCUGGCCGAGGCAAAAGGCGACGCCCAGCCGGAGGACAGCCUCUUAGUCCUCACGGUGGCCACCAGGGAGACGGAGGGGUUCCGACGCUUCAAGCGCUCAGCCCAGUUCUUCAACUACAAGAUUCAGGUUCUCGGCCUUGGGGAGGAUUGGAAUGGGGGACAGGAGACGCCAGCAGGCGGAGGGCAGAAGGUUCGGCUGCUGAAGAAAGCCCUGGAGAAGCACUCAGACAAGGAGAACCUGGUCAUUCUCUUCACAGACAGCUAUGACGUGGUCUUUGCGUCGGGGCCCCGGGAGCUUCUGAAGAAGUUCCGGCAGGCCAAGAGCCAGGUGGUCUUCUCAGCCGAGGAGCUCAUCUACCCAGACCGCAGGCUGGAGGCCAAGUACCCGGUGGUGUCCGACGGCAAGAGGUUCCUGGGCUCUGGAGGGUUCAUUGGCUACGCUCCCAACCUCAGCAAACUGGUGUCCGAGUGGGAGGGCCAGGACAGCGACAGCGACCAGCUCUUUUACACCAGGAUCUUCCUGGACCCAAAGAAGAGGGAGCGGAUCAAUAUCACCCUGGACCACCGGUGCCGAAUCUUCCAGAACCUAGACGGUGCCCUGGAUGAAGUUGUGCUCAAGUUCGAAAUGGGCCAUGUGAGAGCGCGCAACCUGGCCCACGACACCCUCCCGGUUGUGAUUCAUGGCAAUGGGCCCACCAAGGACGAAGCUCUGCCCGUGGUCCUGGUGGGCGUGUUCAUCGAGCAGCCCACGCCCUUCCUCUCCCUCUUCUUCCGGCGGCUCCUGCGCCUCCGCUACCCCCAGAAGCAGAUUCGGCUCUUCAUCCACAACCAUGUGAGACACCACAAGGCCCAGGUGGAGCAGUUCCUGACAGAGCAUGGUGACAAGUACCAGUCCGUGAAGCUGGUGGGUCCUGAGACCCGGGUGGCCAGCGCUGACGCCAGGAACAUGGGCGCAGACCUAUGCCGACAGGACAGGAGCUGCAGCUGCUACUUCAGCAUGGAUGCCGAAAUUGCUCUUAAAUUCCCGUAUACCACAAAGUACGGAAGACUGCAGUCAGAGAUUCAGAAGGACUGCCUGAUAGUUAUUGUAGGUUCCUGGACCCAGGGUGGGGGAACCAAGUCAGCACUGUCCUGCUCUUCCCGCUUGUGGUCUCCCUUGUCCCUGACCUUGUCUGACCAGUGGCUCCCUUUGCCGCUUUCUCCUAGUGGCGUCUGGAAUGUGCCCUACAUCUCCAGCGUCUACUUAAUCAAAGGCAGUGCCCUGCGGGGUGAGCUGCAGCAGAAAGACCUGUUCCACCACAGCAAGCUGGACCCUGACAUGUCCUUCUGUGCCAACAUCCGGCAGCAGGACACCUUCAUGUUCCUGACUAACCGGCAUACCUUUGGCCACCUGCUCUCCUUGGACAGCUACAAGACCACCCACCUCCACAACGACCUCUGGGAGGUGUUCAACAACCCCGAGGACUGGAAGGAGAAGUACAUCCACGAGAACUACACCCAGGCCCUGGAGGGGAAGCUGGUGGAGACGCCCUGCCCUGAUGUCUACUGGUUCCCCAUCUUCACGGAGACGGCCUGCGAUGAGCUGGUGGAGGAGAUGGAGCACUUUGGCCAGUGGUCUGUGGGUGACAACAAGGACAACCGCAUUCAGGGCGGCUAUGAGAACGUGCCGACCAUUGACAUCCACAUGAACCAGAUCGGCUUUGAGCGGGAGUGGCACAAGUUCCUGGUGGAGUACGUUGCGCCCAUGACAGAGAAGCUGUACCCUGGCUACUACACCAGGGCCCAGUUCGACCUGGCCUUCGUUGUCCGCUACAAGCCCGACGAACAGCCCUCGCUGAUGCCACACCACGAUGCCUCCACCUUCACAAUCAACAUUGCCCUCAACCGGGUGGGAGUGGACUACGAGGGCGGGGGCUGCCGGUUCCUGCGCUACAACUGCUCCAUCCGUGCCCCGAGGAAAGGCUGGACGCUCUUGCACCCCGGCCGGCUCACGCACUACCACGAGGGCCUCCCCACCACCAAGGGCACCCGCUACAUCGCCGUCUCCUUUGUCGACCCCUAAUUGCCAGCAGCUUCUGGGGCCCCAGAGUCCCAGGGAGCUGGUCCGGCCUCUUGACUCCCCACUGCUGGUGGAGCUGUCAGCUGGAGAGAUGGGGCGUGGGGCCAAAGGCCCAGGAGCUCUUCGGUGGGGGCUUUCGGGGUGCCUUGGUCCACCCCAGAAAGGCUGUUCACUGCCACUGCUUUGUAGAGAGCCGUCCUCCCCAACACUUCCCGACAAACCACGAGCCUCGACCUCCACGUUUCCCAUUGGCCAAGACUUCGUGGAGAUGGAGCCUACCCAAACUGCCCCAGGAGCUCUAGGGGCAAGAAGCCCCGCCCCAGAGCUUCUCCAGGCCAGAGCUGCAGCUCCAGAGACUCUGCUUCCAGCUUGAAGGAGACCACCAUCACCCUUUCCCCAACCCUAGGACCACCAGAGCCCCCUUCUCCCGUGGCUCCUUUUGUGAGACCAGAACGUUGCCCCUGGAGACAGCUACUCGGAACACCUGCCUGUGUCUGUCACAACCACAGCCACAGCCCGAGCCUCCCCUUGACCCUGGCAGGGGAGGCCGAGAGGGCUAUGUCCACACACUGGUCAACCUGUCCCUGUGCCUCUUGAAAGAGGGACUGACGUACACGGGAGAGUUUCUAUUAAACACUCUUACAGCCA